AUGUCCCGCAAUCGCCCUCGGCCCCGCGACAAUGGACUUGGCAACAAUGAAGAGAUGGAGCUAUGGACCCGGAUCUGCCAGGACAUUCGCAAGUCCAAAGAGAAAUUCGACCAGCAGGCAUCUCUCUCUGCUCAAAUCACGACACGGGUAGACAAGAUUACUCGUGACGGAAAUAGGCCAAUGAUAUCCGAGCAUGACCAGCUUGAUACAUGGCUGCGGCAGAGCCAGAAACUCAGUGAGGAGGAGCGAUCUAUCAUGCAGGACGAGCCAUGCGACGUCAUCAAGAACCUCGAGCUACUCACCGCGCUCCGUAAAGCCUCCGAAGCAGAGGCUCCCCCGAACCGAUCCAAUGCCCUCUCUAAGUCUCGCAAGAAGAGGCAAGAUAUUGAGGGCUCGGCUACCGACUCUCCCGGUGCUUCGGGUGCAGACAAGUCCAGCCGCUCCAAGGGCGGUGUUCCACGCAGCACCAGUGUUUCGAGCAACCAGGCGCGCGAGGGCCGCGGCGAUGGAGUGGCAGUGAAGGUUGAAGAAGGUAUGGAAGGUACCAAAGGAACUGUGGCCGAGCGCAGUGGGCUUCUUGUUGUUGGGGCCCAGGUUGUCUUCAAGCACAACAAAAACAAGCAAGGCGUGGAGGGUGAGGGCAUUCAAUGCAUCAUCAAGAACAUUUCAGGCGAUGGCCAUAAAAAGCGUUGGUAUGAUGUCCAAGAUCCCGAGCCCAAUGAGAAUGGUGAGCAGGGUGCUGUCUACAAAACUACCGCCUCGUCUCUCAUUCCAAUUCCGCAAGUGAGCUCUUCUUCCUUGCCGCAGUUUACCGUUGGGAAGCAGGUCCUCGCGCGGUACCCCGACACCACCACUUUCUAUCGAGCCGAGGUGAUGGGCUCGAAGAAGGAUGUCUACCGCCUCAAGUUCGAGGGCGAGGAAGACGACAAGGAGAUGGAGGUUGACCGGCGCUAUGUUCUGGAUAUUCCCAACAAAUAG